GCUGUCUGUCCACUGGUCGUGGCUGUGCAGUGAAGCAGCAGCUAUGAUGGCUCUCAGCUUCACUCGGGAGUAUUUUAGGAUCCCAGCGGUGACCCGAGUCUACACGACCUCCUGCGUCCUCACCACCGCUGCCGUGCAACUUGAGGUCAUCACCCCCGUCCAGCUCAACUUCAACCCCGACUUCAUCAUCAGAAGAUACCAGUUUUGUAUUGAACCCCUGAACGCCCCUCAGCUGCUGCCCCCGCUGGCCCCGGCCUCCUCCCUGGGCCCGGCCCUCACCGUGAUGCUGGUGUACGUGUGGAGCUGCCGGCGCCCGCUGGCCCCCGUGAGCGUCUGCGGCGUCCUGAGCCUCCGGGCGCCGCUCCUCCCCUGGGCGCUGGCUGGCGGCUCGCUGCUGCUCGGGGACGCCGUGGCGGUCGACCUCCUUGGUAUCGCAGUCGGCCACUUGUACUACUUCCUAGUGGUUGUAUUUCCAAACCAGCCUGGAGGAAGGAAGCUGCUGACGACGCCAGCACUUCUACGGACCUUGUUUGACCGGCCGGACGACCGUCUCCUGCGAGACGAGAAGCAGGGCGACGAUCCGCACUAGAAGACACUAGACCCAACGGGAAGAGCGUCGGAAGAGCAGAAACUAAAAGAAGAAGCUUCUGGAACUCUCCUCUGGUCUCCAACAUGCAGACUCUUUGUCGGCUUCGUGGCUCACGAGAACCGACCGGCAGCUCGAGUCCCGUCGGCCUCGUCUGUACACGCUGCACUUCACCUCCUUUGUGGGCUGAGAGAAUGGAAACCGCUGAGCACGACAACCCUUCAUCAUCAUCAUCAUCAUCACCAAGUCAGGAAUGUCAAGAAACAAAUUGGCCUUUAAAUUAAGAAUGA